CUGUGCAUGGGUCUCUAUAGCGAUCAAUGUAAACAACUGGUCAGCCGUGAAAAAUCAAUGGAAAAAUGGCCGUGAGUUUCUCCGCGUAGUUCUUGUUCUGAAGUGGGACACUCCAAUUUCGGCCGUAUUACAAGCUGAUAGAGUUGGAAAAGCGACACUUCCUAAUCGGAAAGAAACUAUUGAACGGAUUUUAAAGCUUUAGGAAGUGGUCAACAUGGCGGAAAGUGUAAAAGUAGCGGUUCGUUGUCGGCCAUUCAACUCCAGAGAAAAGGCUCGCAAUGCCAAGCUCAUUAUCGACAUGAAUGGGAAUACCACCACUAUCUCUGAUCCAGAAGCCCCAAACGAGGAACCACGCAAAUUCAACUUUGAUUACAGUUAUUGGUCACAUGAUGGAUACACAGUGCCGGCUACCGAUGAUGGUUAUCUUGAAGCAUCCAACAAAAAAUACUGCGAUCAGAAACGAGUGUUUGAGGAUCUUGGUAGAGGUGUUUUGGCCAAUGCCUGGCAAGGUUACAACUCUUGUCUGUUUGCCUAUGGACAAACUGGCUCAGGCAAAUCCUACUCUAUGGUGGGAUAUGGAGAAAACAAAGGCAUUGUACCCAUCUUCUGUGAUAAGAUCUUUCAAGAGAUAGACCAGAAGAAGUCUGAAGGUACGAAGGCGGAGUACGAGGUCUCUUACAGCAUGUUAGAGAUCUACAAUGAGCAGGUCCGAGACCUCCUCAAUCCUGCAUCCAAGAAGAAGGGUGGUCUCAAGAUCAGAGAGCAUCCAAAGAAAGGUUUCUAUGUGGAGUCACUUCGCCAGACACCCGUGCAGAGCUACGUCGAGAUCCAGGCGCGUAUGGAUGAAGGAGUGCGCAACCGAACUGUAGCCGCCACCCAGAUGAAUGCCACCAGUAGUCGAGCUCAUACCAUCAUGAGCAUCAUCUUCACACAGAAGAGCGUCAACGAUGCUGGACAGGAGAUGGCUAAGACCUCGGUCGCCAAUCUUGUCGAUUUGGCCGGAAGUGAGAGAGCUGAGUCAACAGGAGCUACUGGUGAUCGGUUGAAGGAAGGAGCUGCUAUCAACCAGUCGUUGUCAUCACUUGGUAAUGUCAUAUCGGCUCUGGCAGACAAAUCAAAAGGCAAAAAUGUCAAAGUUCCAUUUCGUGAUUCCGCACUGACGAAGCUGUUGAAGAAUGCCCUGGGUGGAAACAGUAAGACAAUCAUGGUUGCUGCCCUCAGUCCUGCAGAUAUCAACUACGAUGAAACUCUCUCCACAUUGAGAUACGCUGAUCGCGCCAAGCAGAUCAAGACCAUUGCCGUCGUGAACGAGGACCCGACCGAGAAACUGAUCCGAGAACUGAAAGAGGAGAAUGCUCGUCUCAUGGAUGCAAUAAAGGCAGGAGGCAUCGUGGCUGCCGCCCCUAGUGAUCAAGAAACAGCAGGAAUGACAGAAGAAGAAAUAGCAGAAGAGAAGGAUCGUCUGAAGCAAGAGAUGGAGGAGGAGAUGGCUGCUCGGCUUUCAGACAAUGAGAAGGAGAUGGAAGAGAUGAAGAAGACUUGGGAGGAUAAGCUCAGACAAGCUCAGGCUUCAAACGUAGGAGAUGAUUCUGAGAGGGCUAAGAAAGAAGCGAGGAAGAACACGCCUCAUCUUUUCAACCUUAACAUUGACCCCGCCCUCUCUGGUAUGAUUGUGCACAUCCUCGCCCCGGGCACUUACAACGUUGGCAGUGACAAGGCAGAAAAUAAACCUCAGAUUGUGCUCAAUGGACUUAGUAUCCAGAAGGAGCAUGCUGUCAUAACGAACGAAGGAGGUAAAGCCUUUAUCGAAAAGGUCAGCCCUAUGGCCAAACUUCUAGUGAAUGGUGAUCCCAUAACAUCCAAGAUGGAACUGGAUCAUAAUGAUAGGGUGAUGUUUGGAUCCAAUCAUCUCUAUGUCUUCAAGCAUCCUGCUCUAAAGAAGGCUGAUCCUAAAAAAUAUGGCGUAGUGACGUAUGAGAUGGCACAGCAAGAGAUCGCGGAGAAGAAUGGCUUUGAUAUGUCCUCCAAGAAAACAGGAGAGGAUUUGCUACUUCAGGAGGAGUUGGUGGAGAUGAUUCCGAUGGUGGAGGAAGCUAACGCAAUCAGUGAAGAACUUGAUAGGAAGGUCAAGUUUGAGAUUGUCGUCAUGUCACCAAAAGCCAGAGGGCUUGCUCAUGGUCGUACAGAGGUCUGUGUGAAGCUACGUAACCUGCAGAAUGAGCUGGAGUACAUCUGGUCUAGGGAUAAGUUUGUUAGGCGCAAGUACCUCAUGCAGGAGAUGUACGAGAACUUUGCCGAUGGAUCUGACUGGCAACUUCCAGAGGAGAAGGAUCCGUUCACAGAGCCCUUGAAUACAAACAUCCAGAUCGGGGUGGUCAAUGUAUAUCUCCAGAGUAUGGCCUACAUGAUCGAAACCAGAGAAUCUCUGGAGAUCAGCGAUUACCGUGGCAAGCAGCAAGGUCUGCUCGACGUCGAGAUCAUACCAUGUGACGAUAAGGGGAAAGAACUGACAGAGGCGGACGACGUCUUCGUAGACGACCCCAAGGAUCUGAUCAGUCGCUGCGUAAACUUUGUCAUCAAGAUUAAAACGGUGACAGGUGUUCCAAACAGAUUUAAGGACAUUUACUGCAACUACAAGAUGUACCUCGAGAGCGAGGAGAACAAGACGGACUGCAAGGACAGCGCCGGCAUGUCUGACUUUGCCUUCCGCAAGUUCUACAACUUCCAGGUCGCGACCUCCCAGCUGGUGGACUACCUCCAGAACGGGAUGCUGACGAUCUCGGUGUGGGGUCGUCAGGAGCCGAAGACUUCGUCCAGGACUAAGAACCUCAACACGGCCCAGAUCAUGAUGUCGGAGACCCUGGCCAAGGGAUCCAGUUCGGCAUCGGUGGCUACCAUGGAGACCUCUGGAGAAGGAGGAAGUGCUGUUGAUUCCAAUAAGGUCGCCCAUCAUUUCCAACUGGCCAUCUUCAAGAAGAAGCAGGAACGCAUGGAAAUGAAAAUGAACCAGAUGAAGAAGAUGCUGGAGGUUGCCGAGAGGAACGGUAAGGAACGUAUCCAGACGGAGGUGAUCAAGCAGUUAUUGAUAGCAUCCAAUAACCAGAUAGCAGAUAAGAUCAUCGCUAGGAUACCCAAGGACCAGGGAGGCGGAACGAGCAGUAAUGGUGGCGGUCAUGCUCCAAAAGGAGAGACCAGCUCAUCUGUCUGCACUAUUAUGUAAAAUGGGGGUACUACUUAUAUUGACCUCACACCAGAAGGGAGCUAGUCCAGAGUCAUGCAGCUAAACCACAACGUGAAAAACCAAAGAUAUUCUAAGCAUCAUUAUUUAAUGUACUAUGGAAAACUAUGAAAUUGCUUCUGUAUGAUAAUUGAUAUAGAGUGUUUUUUCAUUUUUGAGGAAGAGGAAAGAUUAAUUGACCCACACUUGUGCUAAGCUUGAUUUAAAAAUAUGCAAUUUCUAGAAUGUUUUGCUUUUGAUAGUCAAGAAUUCUUCUGUUUGCUGAUUUUGACAUUCAAAGAAUAUGUAUCACAAGCCUGACAAAGUGCCUGCAUAUGAAGUGGAAAAGUAGCCAAUCUUUUUGAUAAAUGUCAAUUUUGGGAUGAAAAAAAAUUGGUCUGGAAUUAAUCUUGAUCUUGAUGAUUGAUUAAAGGGAAAGAUCAAGGCAGAUCACCAUUGAAGAUUAACAUACCUUAUACAGACAGUUGCUCUAAAAUAUGAAUGUAUUCUGGACAAGAAAUGUAGGCAUUGAUACAAAUCUAUCCUCCUUUGAAAUCCACAACUUGUAGACUUAUGAAUUUAUGGGCAUUUUGAUUCAGUAUUUAUCAUGAUAUAAGCAAGGGUGUACAGACAACGAUAGUUGCAGACAAUUUUAUAAAUUUGAUUAGAAUUGAACUACGUACAUUUUCUAUGAUAUUGAAGUCUUGUGCUUUCGACAUGUAGAAUAUAGCUAUUGAUAUUUUCCACUCGCAUUGCUUUACACAUGCUCACGCUAUCAUGUAUAUACCAAUUAAAAUGAUUCAUCUACUAUGUGUGUCAAUCACUUAUUGACUUGAGGAUGAAAAGAAAAGGGGGACAAAAAUUAUAUAUAUAUAUUGUAUCAAACAUUGCCUCAGUUUUAUAUGUUUGUUACUAAAAAGGGGAAGAGAAAAGGUAGGAUGUUGACAAUUUAAUUUAAUUUUGACUUUCACCUGUCUAUGUAUGAUAACUCACACUAUUUCACCUUGAUUAUCAUGUAUAUAUACAUGUAGUAUAUACAUGUAUAUUUCUUUCUUGAAAUCACCUUGGGCAUUCUAUGGGUGCAAAUAAUUUGCCUUUUAUAGAUUUUUAUGUACUUCUACUACAUUCCUCUUUUAUUUUUUUAAAGGAAUGAUGCAAUUUGUAUGUGAUUCUGUAAAAAAAUAAUAUAUGUAUAUAUAUAUUGUAAGUAUAUUAUGUGCACUGGUGAAGUAUGUAGGUUUCUCCCUCGUUUUGAUUUGCAGUAAUUAGGUUUCCUCAGUUAAAAAUAGCCUAAGAUCUUUUGUUAAUGACAACAAAUCAAAUCUUCAUGGAUAUAAGUAAAAUAAUAAUUACAUGAAAAGAAAUUCUUAGUGUUAUUGGACUACAACAUGUCAAUAGUAUAUUGAAAUCUCAAAUUGACGAUUUAGUAGGAUGUUUGUAACACAAUUUUCCAGUUACAACAGUUCAUUCCUUAUCAGUUUAAUUCCUUUUAUGAAAUCAGGUUAUAACAAAUGUUUGAUUACAUUAAUGGGGUAAGAAUGGCAAUAUUUCAUCUGCCUGUAUAUCAGUGUAAAGCUCAACACUCACUUUAAUCUUAUAGUGUACGAUGGGCUUCACAGAAAUGUAAGUGAUCAUCGGAUUCAUGAAUUUUAUAGCCUGAAAAGGAGUGCAAACUGCAAAGGGAUUGGUUUUGCUACUUGACCUUGCUGACAUAAAAUGUAUCAAAUUGUGUAGUUUAAGUCAUUUAGACUAUUAGAGUGAUUGUGAUGUCCAAGAUAUUUAUCAUUUAAAACGUGUGUUCAGACUAAAAGUGUAUUAGAUAUUUGUGCAGUGCAUUCAAGACUGAUCAAAGUACGAUUAAUGGCGAUUUACUAUCUGGGAGUUCAUGAUGACUGUUUAUUGCAAUUAUUUAGGGAUUCAAAAGAAAUUGAGUUGAAGUCGUAAAAAAUCGGCGGGGGGGGGGGGGGGGUUGAGGGGGAGACUAAUUGUUCACUGUAACAAAUUUCUAACCCAAUCACAUGAUAAUCAUGUCUAUUGAAGUGAUGAAAAAAGGGGAAAAAGAGGGAGGAAAAUAUUGCAUGUUUGUAUAUUAUAUUUUUGUAGAUUAUUGCUACUUCAAGUCUUUCAUGUGUGUUGUAUAAAUCUUUAUGAUAUAUAGUGAUAUGUAUGUGUGAAAACAAAGCAUUGAAAUGAAUAUAAAUCAAGUAAGCAAUUUACACUUCAGAAAAUUUGCCACAUAUUUUUAAUUUGUAGCAAAAUCACCAUAACAAAUUGGCAACAAGUUUAUACAAGUUUAUACAUGUAAACGGUGAAAAGAUAAAACAAGCAAAAUUCUACAAUGUGUACAGAAAGAGCAAAUACAAUAAAAACACAAAGCAUUUUUUUUUCUUUCUAAAGCUGUUGUGUAAAUCGACAAAA